AGGCGGGAGCGAAGUGGAUGAUUGCAAGCUAGCGCUGUGGCAUCGUCGCCUAUCCACGCAUAGACAGACCAAAGCUUUGUUUUGGCUUCUUGCUUUGCUUUGAACUAAAGAUUACCGCCGCACGGCCUUUUGAGCGACCAUUUAUCAAAGCUGCCUCUUUGUUCAGCGCUUUGCAUGGAGUGGUCCUAUCGAGAUUUGUCGCUAAAGAAGAUAAAGCCUACAGCGAUUACUUGCAGAGGACGGGAGCAAUCAUUCGUGCUUCAUUGUGAUCGAAGCAAUCAUUGGCAAUUCCCCUUUGCUUACCGAACCCACCACGGAUUGACCGCAACGGGGUACGCACUCGACGGCCGCAUAGAAGAUGGAGGACGACGAGGCGCGGUCGCAUGACGGGCCGCACGUCUUUUCUUGCCCACCGCCACCACCAGCCGCUUCCCCUCCCUAAUUCCCUCCGCGAUCGCGGGUUCCCCGCCCCGCUUCUCUCUCUCGUUUGGUCUUGCACCUGCGGUGGUAAGUCUCUUACUUUACUACCAAGGCUACCUUGAUGCCAGCUACACUCUUCGAUGUGACCCAGGAGACGGGGCAAGGCAGAUCUACUUCGGCAAUUCUUCUUCUUCUUCUUGCUGGUACGAUGCGCAGGUCUGGGGAGGAUGGUGCUGUAGUUUCUGUUGCUGGUGUAUCUUUCUUUCUUUCUCCGAUGGGCGGUAGCCACUCAAAUCAAAGCAAUUUUUUGGUGCAUUUUGCAUUUGUCAUACCGAAAGAGAUUGAAUGCGAAGUUUCUUUCUCCCUCAACAUGAAGCCAUGAACUCAUGAGAACCGAGUACACUGUCUUGUUGUCAGAGUCAUCAAUUGCUACCACUUCUGUUGCGUCAUACUAGGAAGCUAGCUGCAGUCAAGAACAAUGAAAGAACUAUGAUAGAAAUGGGAUUCAAUCAGAGUGAGAAGAUGAGAUCACUUCAGCACCGUUCCUCAAAAUCAUCCAAGGAGAAAGGUCUCCCCUCGAGUGAAACCAAGAAUGCUCAUGUGUUAGAGAAGGUUGGAACCCUUAAAACCGAAAGGCUUCGAAAGCCAUGGCCUCGUAGGAAUGCGACCGGGAUCGAAGGACCAAUUAAGAACAUGUCGAAUGUACCUUACUAUCUUCAGCGCAAAGAAAAUGGAGAUAAUAUUCAUGAAAAGGCACUGAACUUUGGAGUACUGGAUUGGGGGCUUCUCGAGAGAUGGGCAUACCACCAAAGAAGUGUCACAGAUGUGGGUGGUGGAGACUCUGCAUCUAGUAGCACCAUGUCAUCAACAUUUUCUACAUUUGGUUCUUCAAACCAAUCUUGUAGAACCAUGUCUAGUUCUCGAGGGAAGAAAUCUCCUUCAGCGUUUCAUCGUAAGAAACCACCUGUUAUGGACAGUUCAAUUAAGAUGUCUGAGAAAGAAAGCUCUGCACAUACAAAUGGCUUUUGUGGUUCAAGAACCUCUUCUUCUUCUUCUUCUUCUUCUUCUUCUAAGUUUCCUGUCCAGCAUGAGAGACAUUCCGAUAGAGAUUUUUGUUUAAUCGUUGACCACAAACUUGGUACAGAUGACAAUAAAAAUUUGGAUUCACAAGCCAUUUCAAGUGAAGUAUGCGUAGCUCUGCAUUCUGCAACUUCGCCUUCAGGAUAUAAGAUUGAUGACUCUCCUGCAACAAAAGUGGUGGAGGACCAAAACAGUAGCCUGAUGAAAGCAGAAAUGCCACAGGACUACCCUCAUAGCCUACCCAUAGCCGAUGAUAUGCUAUGGUUAUCCCUGGAUCGGAGAGUAAGAUGGGAUUAUCUUCGACAGAGUGUGGACGGAGGAUGUCUUAAUUCUGAUUCCCCGUUAACUAGUGAUGGCUGGCUGGAUGAGCGGAAUGACAACAAUUAUUCAGGCAGUUUAGCUGAAGAUGUUGAGAUCAUCCGACAGUAUCCUCAUGUUCCGCAUUCAUGUCCUCUCCCACGGACAAUUCUGAAUGAUGAACCUGAUAUAUCCUGCACUCUUCCGUCGGAAAGUUCAGGACCAACCGAUAAAUUAUUUCCUAGAGAUCCUUGCAAUCAACUUGAAGUUAACACAAUCCAAGAAUCUAGAAAAUCUGGGGCAAAAGCUAUGGCUGUGACAGGGAAGAAAUCAUCUGACCAUCCAACUAGUGUUGGUUUAAGCCGAAUGAGCAGAAGUUGUAGAUUGAAGGAGGGUUCAUCUGAAGAACAAUUCGAGACAAUUUCUUAUCUAUAUAAUUCACAGGGAGAUCAAGCAACCAGAAAUAACAAAGGCCGGCAAAGCCCACUGAGGAGGAUACUUGAUCCUCUAUUUAAGCCAAAGAACAAUCUUCGUUUGACUGGGAUAGCUGCAGCCUUACCGGGCCGCCAUUCCUGUGAACUAAGUAGAACCGUCAAAGCAUUCCAUGGAUUGCACAAGCCAUCAAAACCAAGUGUUGAUUCUACGUGCCAGCCUAGGAGAAGCAUGAACGCUUCAAAUAGAUUGUCCAUCAAUGGUAAAGGAAUACAUCAGGAUGAAAAGCAUAUGGCAUCAGUGAAGCAAGCAUUUCUUCAACUUGCUUGGGAAAAUGGAUAUCCUUCGUUUAUAAUCUCGUCUUGCGACAGUGAGGUACUGGCAGCGACGACAACAAUGACAAGUGUCAGCAAUGAUGAUGGCCUUGAGUGCAUAUAUAAGCUAUUCUCCAUUAAAGACUCUAAGAAGAAAAGCAUGUUCUGGAGCAACCCUGUAAGCAAGGGCAAGAAGCAUCAGCUGACCUCCAAUGUUGUUGGCCAGCUGAGGGUUUCACUUUGCAAGUUGAGGAGCUACCAGUAUGACAAUUCUCAUGUCGUGAGAGAGUUUAAUCUGUUUGGUGCUGAAUCCACACCAACAUCUCACAAACCUGUUGACAAUCCAAUUGAGAGUGAGCUGGCUGCCGUCGUCGUUAAUCUACCACUGGAAAGGCCAAAAAGUACAAAUGUUGGUGAUUUGCGCUGCAGUGAAUUCAGAAGUGCUCCGAACGAAGAGAAACGUUUGCAGACCGAUCGGCAUGAUGCUGCUGUAGAUCGAUCUGGUGUAUCUGUCAUACUUCCGAGUGGUGUUCAUGGAUUGUCAACCGAUGGUGAGCCCUCACCUCUGAUAGAAAGAUGGAGAUCAGGAGGAGCUUGUGAUUGUGGUGGUUGGGAUGAGGGUUGCAAGCUAACCAUUCUUAGCGACAAGCUCCAAGAGUGCACCUCUGGUUCAUUCCAAGAUCGUCAAACUACAGACCGUACUUACAGAUUUGAGCUAUUCAUUCAGGGUGGAUCUCAAGAAAAAAGACAUGCCUUCAGCAUGGUUUCUUUCGGAGAUGGGCGGUAUGCUGUGGAUUAUCUAUCUUCCAUUUCUCUGCUUCAGGCUUUUGCAAUCUGCAUAGCAAUCCAUCAUGGCAGGAAACCUGACAAUUAUUCAGCAGAACCAAAAAGCUUCCGGGAACAUGAUGUCUGUGGUCAGUCAGGGAGAGCUCUUAGAGCCCAAGGUGAUCAUGCUAGCUAUGUACCAAAUCAUCCCCCUCUUUCUCCCGUUGGAAGAGCUUAAUCGUCCCCAUGGUACAUUAUAGCCUGGGUCGUGGUACUUCUGAACAUGUUUCUUCCCCAAUUAGCCUGUUCAUUGUGGUAGAGGUGAAAGGAGCACUACAAAGUUUCGUCCAUAGUCUAUACAGAAAACAAUAGCAGUACACUGGGAAAUAAGGUACUUCCAUCUCACCAAGCAAUUUCUCUAUCUUAUGUAUGUGGCUUCUCAGUGUAAAGAAGCUCAUAUUUUCUCAGUAAUACAGAUGAGGAAGCUAUUUUAGCUCAGAAUUACAGUAUUAUUGUCAUUUAGCAUCCUAAUAUAUCGACUAUAUAACUAUAGAUGUUCUCCGAGUCUUGUUAUCGUCCAUAUAUACUCGACUUUUUUUAUCGAGGUAGCUUCUGAAAUGACUUAGAUUUCCUCAAAAUUCAAUUCAUUGCCACUCCCAGCAGAAAAUCUAAAAGUGUUUUCUGGUCAUGCCAGUGCACAUUUGUUGGGAUUCAUGUGCAGAAGGUUUCUUGUGGGUUUGGUUGUAUUGAUACUCUUGACAAGGAUGUCAUCAACAUAUGUUGUAUAAUCAUGCUGAAAGUUCUUAUUGACUAAUAUGUGGUAUAUGAAUCAGACAUUGAUUAGACCAAAUAAAAUAACUACAUAAUGAUAUGCAUCCCUCUCCUCUUUCCAAUUACAAAUAGGCUUUCUCUGUAACAAGACCAGGUUUAAGCUUCUUUGUUUGAUGGCAUCCAGAACUGAGUGGCUCUUUUGAGAUCACCCCAAAGAGAAGCAUGUUUGAUUCUUGGUUUCUAACUCAUAUCCUUGAUGUUGAAGCAACUCUUAGCACUCAGAUCAUCCCUUUUUCUUUCAUAACAGGAAAUGAAAUUGCCAUGAAUUCAAGUCAUAAUUUUUGUGCAUGACAGAAAAAUAUUGAGUUCACAAUGAAUGAUCAGUGGAACCCAAACUUGUCACCCCAAUUUCUCAAUGAAUGGUGACAUUCUUUCCCUUUUUCUUCUCCUUUCUCCCUUUUGGAUAAAAUCACACCAGGCAUGAUAAUGAUCUGUUUUCCUCAUUGAAAAAGAAGGCUGCCAGAUGUUCUUCAUGAAAGUUAAUGUUGCAAAAGUGAUGGUGAUCAAGAUCAACAUUUCAUGUGGUAUGUGUGAUGACAAAUAAGAUAAUUGUUGAAGAAAUCUUGGGAUCUUUUUGAGAGUCUGCUCCAGUUCUGUAACUAAGAAAUAUACCACUCUCAAAAUAAGUAGAUUAUUCUAUGUUUGAAGGUUUUAAUGCUUAUCAUCAUAUACAUAUAUAAUCUGCCAUAAUAUAGAGCUC